GUUCUUAGCCGUGUCGUUUUGGCGAAGAGCGACAGAAUGAAGUUCAACAAGCAGGUGACUUCCUCAAGAAGGAAAAACAGGAAGAGGCAUUUCAGUGCUCCUUCACAUAUAAGGCGAGUGUUGAUGUCCUCUCCCCUGUCUAAGGAACUAAGACAAAAAUUCAAUGUAAAAUCCAUGCCUAUUCGCAAAGACGAUGAAGUUCAGGUUGUACGUGGACACUACAAAGGCCAACAGGUUGGCAAAGUGAUGCAGGUGUAUCGUAAAAAGUUUGUUGUAUACAUUGAGAGGAUUCAAAGAGAAAAGGCCAAUGGUGCAACAGCAUAUGUCGGCAUUCACCCUUCAAAGUGUGUGAUUGUCAAGUUGAAGAUGAAUAAAGACCGCAAAGCAAUCCUCGAUCGCAGAGCAAAGGGCAGACUGGCUGCACUUGGCAAAGACAAGGGUAAAUACACCGAGGAAACUGCCACAGCCAUGGAGGCCUCUUAAACAAAUAGUUUUUAAGAUAAAUAAAAUUUUUAAAAAUC